AUGUCUGCAUUAGAAAGUGUACUACAAAGGGUGCGGGUACGGGUGGCUCAACGUCGACUGCGGCUUGAUGAUUUCUUUGCGGACUUUGACUCACUUCGUUCCGGCCGUAUUACAGCCGCGCAGUUCCGCCGCGCUUUGGCCAUCAAUUCUAUUCAACUCAGUGACGCAGAAUUUGAAACACUCACAAGUGCCUUUGCUGCUCUCCCGGCGAACAAGACGACGGGCAGCAGGACCCCACGCGGAGGAGCUUCGAACGAUGUGAAUUAUGUGGCCUUUCUUCAUGCUUUGCGAGUGGAGGAUCCACCGGCAGAAUUGCUGACGACACUGAGGCGCAAGGGAAAGAUGCUCUCGGAUGAAGAGGAACGCACAUUGGAGACGACCUUCCGCUCGCUGCAUUACGCUGUACGGGUGCGUGGGAUACAUUUACGAAAGUUGUUUGAAGAUUUUGAUCCGUUCCACAGCGGAAAAGUUUCUGCCUCACAAUUUAGACGGUGCCUGCCAUUUGAGGGGCUGCGGGAUGACAUAUUGAAGCUCAUUAUAAAGAAGUACGGUGACGAGGAUGGGGGCGUGCUGUACGCCGCAUGGUGCAGGGACAUUGAGGCCUCUACCUCCUUAAAGGAGGAAAGACUUUCCGCGAGCAUCUCGCCGCAUAUUUCCCCGCAUGGGGUUUCCGCGCCGCUUUCCCUCGAUGAGCUUUUGUCGGUGCUGCGCUCGCAGUUUUCAAUGUAUCGUUUGCGGUGCGACGACUUCUUGAAGGCCUAUGACCAUUUCAAGACGGGAUUUGUUACUGCCCCGCAGUUCGAGUCAGCGCUUGGGCAGCUGCGGUUUGUAAACUUUCACCUUACGGCAGAGCACAUUGACACGCUAACGCGGGCGUAUGCAGACGCCAGGCUGGGGGGCACAGUUAGUGGAACAAACGAAGAGGUUUUUCCGCGCGUCAACUACGUGCAGUUUCUUGCCGACACCAACCCACGCCGUGAAGACGCUACGCCAGGCUUAACAAACUACUAUGAGAUGACCAGGACCCCUGGCCAAUUUCUCAGUGAGGUUGACGCUGAUGAAAAAGAGCGUGCGGAGUUUGUGUUGAACAAAGUGCGCCGUCUUGUCCAAUCGAACCGCAUUCAUUUGAUUCCAACUUUGCAUGACUUUGAUCGAGUGCGUAAGGGCAUUUAUGAACAUCGAACAUGCACUCAGUCACGCUUUGUUCGUUCUCUGGCCACCAAUAAAAUAUUUCUCUCCCCGGAGGAGAUUUCUCUUCUUGUGAAGUGGUACCUUAUCCGCAAUGCAGACGGCAGUCCCAGCGACGAGGUAAACUACUACCAGUUUGUUAUGGACGUGGACAAUAGUCACAGUUUGCAACUGACUUCAGCGCGUUUAAUGAGGUCGACUGGGAUGGGAGAGCUGCAGAACCAGAAGGGCGGCUCCUAUUCACGGCCUGCUGAUACAUUAUCAGAGGUUCUUGCAAAGGUGGCGAUGCAGGCCGAGGAGCGACACCUCCGUGUUAAUGAGUUUUUCAUCGAUUUUGACCCUUUGCGCAGCGGCAUGGUACAGACCGAGAAAUUUUCGGUGGCACUUGGCAUAGCUGGGUUACAGUUGCAUCCACAGGAAAUUGAACUGCUGCAAAGAGAGUACAAGUCGACGAAGGCGCGUGAUCACGUCGACUUCGACCGGUUUAUCACCGACAUUGGAGAAUUUGCGCCAACGGCGGUGCCUUCAGUCACAACGAAGUUCAAAUUUACGGCAUCCCAAAGCACCAAAGGAGCUCUCAGCGCGAUUUCUAAAGAGGCGCUUUAUAACCCUACCGAGAAACUCACGGAUGCGGAGCGUGAAUUUCUUCCACGGCUUCUCGCCCGUCUUUCACACGACGUCGCCACGCACCAUGCCAUGCUGACCCCUUUUUUUUCGGAUUUUGACCGCCUGCACCGCGGGAAGAUUACGAAAUCAAACUUUUUACGAGCCCUUGCACGUCAUCGCUUUGUGUUGUCUCCGGCCGAUACAAGUCUUCUGUCACGCUAUUACGCGUCACCCGAGGAUGCAGAGCUGAUUGAAUAUACACGAUUUGUCCGCGACGUUGGUCAAGGCGAGAUGGAGCUAGGGAUCCGGGAGAAGAAGACUGGGGUAUCGAGUUCUGGUAUGAAUGACACAAUGAUGCUGAGGACCAACACCGCAUCUGUCUGCUUGGGUGACGGCUCCCCACACGGGGCUACUGUGGACGAGGAAUUUGUGGAACGUGUUUUGACAAAAAUCUGCUGCUUUUUGCAAGAACGCAAAGCCCGGCUAUCUGAGUUCUUUCCAGAUGGUGAUGAACUGCGCCACCGUCAUGUGACAAAUACCCGAUUUCGGCACUGCGUAUCAAUUCUGGGCCUUCAUCUCACGGAAGUCGAACUGCAGGCACUUGAGGCGGCCUUCGCCCACAGUGAACUGAAGGGGCAUGUCGACUACCCGGCGUUCUUCUCGGUUGUGUCAGAGAAACUCCAGGCAGGUGUAGGCAUCAUGGCGGUCACGCAGCGUCGUCGCGGGUUGUGCACAUCCACCGAUACUGCCUCCGUACCUGCAGCGGUGCCGGCGAACGAAAAGUCCGUCGCCUUAAAAGAGGAGACGGCGUCUGGAUUUGAGAAAAGCACCAAAAUUUUAGAGGAUUUGCAGGCCGAACUGUAUCAGUCGGCAAUGGAUAAGGUACGUCGCACUCUGGCAUCGCGUCGUUCCGUCUCUCUUUCUGCCUUCCGCCAGUAUGACCGAGCGCGCAAGGGUUUUGUGAAGGAGGGGCAGUUCUUUGCGACUCUAAUGUCUCUUGGCGUGCAGUUGACCCCGGCGCAGUCGGAUGCCAUCCGGAAGGUGCACAGCAUAGGUGGCGGAGAGAUGGGCUACACGAAAUUUUCUCUUGCCACGGACGAUGAGCGGUUUGCCUAA